AUGGUCUCUGCUCUCCUGACCCUGUCAUUCCAGGCCUGUGACUCCCAGCUGGUUCAGAGUGAAACCAUUUCAGAUUUCAUCCAGCAAGCAUUAUGCCUUUUCCCACCACCCCAGAAAAUAAGAGACGAACAAAGUGGCUACAACAAAAAUCUAUUUUGCAUUCCUAAGCAUUAUGAAGAAGAUUUAGAAAGAGUCUUCAUUCCUCAUGGACUCAUUCUGGACAGGACAGAACGCUUGGCUAGAGAUAUCAUGCAAGACAUGGGAAGUCAUCACAUUGUUGCACUCUGUGUCCUUAAAGGAGGCUAUAAAUUCUUUGCUGAUUUGCUGGACCAUAUAAAAGCACUAAAUCAAAAUGGUGACAAAUCUGUGCCUGUUACUGUGGAUUUUGUUAGAAUAAAAAGCUACUGUAAUGAUUCACCUACAGGAAAAAUCAGUUUUGUUGGCGAGGAACUGUCUACACUAAAUGGGAAGAACGUGUUAGUAGUAGAGUAUAACCUGUAG